AUGGCUCGUACUCGUGGUAUUCCCAAAUCAGCUACUACUACUACCGACAAGCUCCAAGCGACCCGAAGCUCGACACGUAGCAGUAAAGUGACCAAGACGAACAAGACUCGUAAAAGUACUGAAGAAAUAGCUCGUGCUGCUAUUGAAACCAUUCGUGAUUUUAAGAAAGUCAAGGGUAAUACAUACUACCUUGUCCAACGUGCUGGAUCAAAAGCGCCUGUAUGGGAAGCAUCCUCCGAAUCCCUCUUAUCGGAUCAAGCUUUGCAAGCCUUUCACGACCGUGUUCAAACAACAUCAGGCUAUGACAUCAAUGGCACCACCAGCUCUCGUCCAUCACGCACUUCAAAGACGCGUGCCAUGCUACGAUUUCAACCCACUGCAGCAGCUGCUCCUGAUGCCGACGACGACGACGACAGCGAUUCCUCAAUGGAUGUUCGACAAGAACGAGGUACUGCCAAGAAGCGUGGCCGAUCGACCAAAGCAUCAGCACCCAAUGCACCCAAGAAGUUACGUGGUAUUGCAGCACGCAAGGCCCAAGCUGCUGAAGCGCGUGAGCAACGCAUAAACGAACGUGCCAACUGGGAUGACAAGGACGUUAUCGAUAUGGAUGAAUCCAACUGUUGCUUACGAUGCAAGACUCAGGUGUAUCGUCAAGUUGUUCGACAUGGCAGUGUGAGACAAAUGAAGGCGUUGUUGGAAGACCUCACCAAGGUGCCUCACUGGAGCAAGGAGGAUUGUCAACAUUGGAGUGAUCUCGUGUUGAAUGAAGCACUUGUCAAGGGAAGAACGGAUAUGAUUGAUUUAUUGGUCAAGGAUGAGGAAAACAAGCGUGUCGAGGUGCCAUCCAAGUACAUGGCUUAUGGAAGUACUACUGGUUAUGUGAGUCGAUACACUUUUGGUCAUGCUGUCAGCAAAGUGAAUGAAUCUCGUGGAAAUCGUCAAGGCGAUUCAGCUUUCUUCCGCUAUAUGCAAAGAAGUAUUUUGGAGCUUGAUAUCAACCGUCUCAAUGAAUCCAUGAACAACAUUGCUCUUCUUGCUGGUGCUCAGAACCCAGACACUCCUGCCAGCGUCAGCAAGUUCAUCACUCAAUUCGGCUAUGCUGCCUUUUGGGAAGGAAAGGGCUUUUACUUUACCGUUGCAUCUGGUAAUUGGGAGGUUGCAGGAAAGCUUAUCGAAGAUCCUCGUUAUCGUACUGGUUUGAAUCACCUUCAUGUCAAUGUUUUGAAUUUCAAGGAGGACAAGGAGCUUGAAUCUUAUCGCCGCAAUCAGAUCUUGAAGAAAGCAUAUGAAGCCGCCAAUAUCACACCUGUUCAAUGUGCAGCCAUUCAUCCCUCGAACAAGUUCCUCAAGGAGCUCUUUGAACAAUUGACACCAGCUGAGACUGCCGAAUUGGAUGAAUACGGCCGAACUAUUGCUCACUUUGCAGCAGCCAGCCAAACACCCGAUUGCCUUCAGUAUUUGAUCGACAAGGAGUUUUCGGUUAUUACAGCUGACAAGUUUCGUAUUACGCCUUUGAUUCAAGCUGCUCGAUUUGGAAGACAUCACAACAUUCGACCUUUGAUCACGUGCAUGAGCAAGGGUGAAUAUCCUGCCACCGAGUUUGCCGAUCAAACCAUGAUUCGUCAAAAAUGGCGUGCACUCCACUAUGCUGCUUAUUUCGGUCAUCCAGACACAUGCCGUGCAUUGAUUGAUGCUGGUGCUACUGUGGAUGCUAUGGAGAGCUCGUUGCGUACCACGCCUCUUGGAUUUGCAGCACAACGGGGUCAUUUGGAAUGUGUCAAAGUAUUGAUUGAAUAUGGCAAGGCGGAUCCUGAAUUUGCUGACAAGUUUGGACGUACUCCAUUACAUGUGGCAAGCAUCAAUGGUCAUUACGAUGUCGCCAAAUAUCUCGUGUGCAAUGUGGGUGUGGAUGCGAAUACGGGUGACACAUCGGAGAAUCGUCCAGCCCAUUAUGCAGCUGGCUUUGGUUAUCUCAAGCUACUACGUCUUUUGAUCGAGGGUGGUGGUGCUGAUCCAGCAGCAAGCAAUGUUUGGCGUACAACUCCAUGCUCAGUUGCCAACCUCAAGGGUCACGUUGCUAUUGUGGAACACUUGCUCACGGCUUAUUCUAUCGACGUCAACUUUAAGGAUCAAGAUGGCAAGACACUUUUGCACUGCUGUGCUGUUGAAUCCAUCACUCAAAAACUGGAUAUCGAACAAAUCAAGCUCAAAGCACGUCUUUUGAUUUCUAAACGUGCCAACCCCAAUUUGAAGACCAUUGAAGGUGAUACUGUAUUGCAUUCCUUGGCCCAAUCUGCCUAUUUUAUUCAGCAAUAUCCUUCAGGAUGGGUGCUUGAGGAUGAUACUUAUGCAAAGCCUCUCACUUUGGACCAUCAGGAUGGUAUUGAGUGUCAGCGAUUCCUUGCAACUAUGGCCAUUACUGCAGGUGCCGAUCUUGAGUCACUCAACCAGAAUGGAGAGACGCCUUUGGCAACGGCUAUGCGACAUGGCAACACAUAUAUCAUGGAAGAGCUUGUACGCAAUGGUGCCAACUAUUGGGAUAUCAAGGAUUGUAACGGCAACACCUUUUUCCAUCAUCUUUUGAGAUUGGCUGCUGAACUUGACACCUUGCCUGCACGACGCCCUAUGGACAUUACCGCAAAUAAACGCCGUGCCAAGACUAUCGAGAAUAUUUUGGAAGCAAUUGAUAACGAUGGAGCAAAGGAGGUCCAGAUUGAUGCUACAAACGACGAGGGAUACCCUGCUAUGAUCUAUGGUGUCAUGCAUGCUAUCGACCAACAGCGUGCACGUGUCAAGGAAGAAAAGGCUCGUAUCAAGAGAAUUUACCAUACAGCUUCGUCCAAUUACUCCAAGGCUACUGCUUCCAACGACGAUACAUCCAUGAUCCGUGAAGACGCCGUUUUUGAAUUCCGCUUCGAUCAUUUCAUGGCUGCUGCUGAAGAAAUAAUCCAACGCCAUCGACCCAACAUGAAAGCCUCCGUACAGCUUCCAAAGGAUUUCUUCAAAAAGAAUCCAAAUCGUCCAAAGUCCGAAUACCCUGAGAAAACAGGAUGGAGUGCUCUUCAUUUUGCAUCCUUGACUCAAGAUUCGAACUUGUUGAACUUUUUGAUGCGACAUGGCUGUGACCCCAACCAAAUCGUCGAAGGUGAUGGCAAUGCUGCCACUGGAACUGCUAUGCUGCGUGGCUACUUUAUCAAGACUUUCCGCUCGAAUGAAUACCUUCCAUCCAGCGAAUUGCACUAUAUUGAGCAUGCCGAGAAGCUUUUCAACAUUAUCAAGCCUGACUUUAAGAUGUUGCUUCCCAAUGCUGUCAAGCAGUAUCUCCACUUUGGUGCCAAUCCAUGUGUUGGGAACAAGGAUGGGUUCUCUCCUUUGAUGAAAGCUGCUGAGCUGCUCGAUAAGCACAUCCUUCAAGAUAUGUGUAACGCAAUCACGUUGUCCAACUUUAGCAACAUUGACGCUUGCUGUGAAACCACCAAUCGCAACGCUCUGAUGUAUGCAAUCGAUGCUUUGGAGAAUAAGCGCCAUGAUGCCAACAUUGAUGUUUCCUCUGUCACCCAUUUGGUCUCAGCCGGUGCCAACCCCAAUAUGCAAUAUCCAGAUGAUCAUGCAGAUACAAUCUUUAUGAAGGCACUUCGAUUGGGUAUUCCAUCGCUUGUGGAUACGAUUCUCGUGCAUACAAAGCAUCCCAUUUGCCACAGCACCAUGAACAACAUGCAUGAAACAUCUUCGAUUAUCGCUAGCAAGCAAAACAACCGUGCCAUUGCCGAUUUAUACUUCCAAUCUAUGGCCACCGCUUAUGCCGCAGCUCCCUUUGAUACCAAUGGAUUUGAUCGUCAGGGCAACAAUGCACUUACCGUUGCAGCCAAAGCAAACAAUGAAUACGCCGUCUCUAUUCUUCUCAAGUGCAAUGCGGAUCCCAACAAGGUGGCUGACAACAUUCAUGAGUCACCCUUGUCUCAAGCGGUUGCCUGUGGCUUUAUCAAUGUUGCAAAGAUCUUGCUUGACUCGGGUGCGGAUGUGAAUUGGAAGGACAAGGACAACAUGACACCAUUACACAAGGCUGUGUUGGCAGAAAAGUAUCCAUUGGUGAAGCUAUUGUUGGAAAAUGGUGCUGAUAUCCAUGCCGUCAACAAGCAACAACGUACGGCUCUUCACUUGGCUGUGCAGCAAACCAAGACUAUGACCAAUGCCUCCCUUCGUAUUGAACGCGUCUUGCUUGAUGCUGGAGCUGAUAUCAAUGCAACUGAUAUUCUUGGUCGCACGGCUCUACACAUUGCCUUUACGAAUAUGGAUGUCAUCCCGCAUAUGCAAUUCUUGGAACCAGUGGCUAAAAAGACAAAGGAGCUUCUCAAGGAACGCAACGCACAAGCUCAAGUGGAAAGAGAAUCGGAGCGUCUCGUCACCACCUAUGGCCACCCUAAUGCUGCAGGUACCAAUGCAUGGAUUCGACAAGCCGUCAUCAAGUAUCAUGAGGAGAAGAAGAGAGCAAACGAGGAAAACAGCAACGACAAGGAAAACAUUGCGCCAUCAUCAUCAGAGGAGCUUGAGGCCUUGCAAAAGUAUGCUCUCAUGCAAUGGGAGCUUGAUGUGGCUGUACCUACCAAGGCCGAUCCAAUCGACAUUAUCCGAUUCUUGUGCAAUUAUCGCGGCAGCAGUGCACAGCUUGAUAUUUGCGAUGAGUUUGGACGCACUGCUUUGCAUUAUGCAGCCAUGGUGGGCGCCUUUUCAAGCACAUCCAUCAUGCUUCAACAUGGUGCCGAUUUGAAUGCCAAGGAUUUGGACAGCAACACACCACUACAACUCGCUCUUCGAUACAAGCAUGUGGAUUACUCGGUGAUGCUAUGCAAUCAAGGUGCUACUGUUGGCAAUGAUAUGACCAUCCCUGGUGCAAAGCCCGUUUCCACUCUAAAGUACAGCCUUUCUCAAGACUUUAUGAACAUGGCGUAUGUCAUCCUGGAGCAAAAUCCAAAUACACUUGAAUCCUUGCGUGAUGCUCUUAGAACCGGCAAAUUCCAUGUGGCGGACAUUUUGAUGAGCACAGCUGAAGUAGCUUCGCUCUCUGGUACUAUUCAAGAUGGACAAAACAUGUGGCAUAUUAUCGCUGAUUUCACUCCCUUUAACGAGGAAAUUUGGAACGAGUAUUUGCCUGAUUUCCUCACUCGAAUCUCCCAGCUGAAUAUUACCUUGGGCCCUGAUUCACAUGGACGCACACCAGCUCAUUACGCUGCCAAGAAUGGACAAACUGCGUUGCUCAAACAUCUGUUGCAGCUCAAUGUUACAAUCAAUUCGGUGGAUAACGAUGGCCUUUCAGAGCUGUGGUAUGCCGUAUCAUCCGAUAGCGUGGAAUGUGUGCAGACAUUAUUGCAUGCCGGUGCCAAUGUUACGCUUGGAACUAGCACACAACAACACAAAUCGAUCGUAUGGACAGCCACUAGCCAAAGCAAUGCAGCCAUGCUUCACCUCUUGCUCAAUGCCGGUGCACCCACCGAUCAAGAUAGUCAAUAUGGUCGAUCCAAUGCCAUCAUGAAAGCUUGUAUUGACAAGAAUGAAGGCAUGCUCAAGCUCUUGUUGGAUGCUGGCGCAAAUCCAGAUACACCAUCGACCUAUAUUUUGAACGCUGCUACCAAAAAGACAACCACCAUUGCCCCUGUGUUCAUUGCCACUGGUUCACUCUUCAAGCUUAUGAUCGAGAGAGGUGCAAAUGCAAAUGUAGUGAGCCCGAAUGUCAAGCCUUUCAAGGGCAAAUCUUGUUUCAUGCAUCGCUACGGAAAUGAUGAGGAACUUGAUCUCAUGAUUCGUCACAAUGUGAACGUCAACCUCACAGACGACCACUCGCCCAGAAGCAUCUUUUACCACUUUUUCUUUGGUAAUAAGAGCCAGGGAACGAUUUGCACAAAGAUACUCAAGCAUUCGAAACCCGAGGUGAAUGAUAUCGAUCCAAUCACUGGAAUGACGCCAUUGGAACAUGCAAUCCGAAAACAUGAUGCUAUCAAAGUCGAGCGUUUGAUGGAAUUGGGUGCCAAUCCAAAUGUUGUCAGCUGCUGGCAAAACCCUACAGCAUCUGCUGUUGAUCUUUUUGACGCUGAACCAGUGAACGCUAUCUUCCACGCUGUUGCACAAAAUCAUCUUGUCAUUUUGCAGACGAUUUGCCGCUUGUCGAAGUAUCCGAUCAAGUGGACGGCCACUAAUUCUCAAGGCCAAACGGUGGUCACAUUUAUUGCUGCAAGCCCUUACUCGCCUGAAAAUAUCGAGGUCCUCAAGUUUAUUGAUUCUGCUAUCCCUGAUCAAAAUGACUGGAUUGCUCUUGCAACAAAGAAGGAUACUCAUGGAAUGACUGCAAUGGACUAUGCCAAGGCACGCAAGCGAAAAGAACUUUACCACAUCUUGGUCGACCUUGAAGUUCCCAAGCCAAAGCAGCGCCGAAUGAUAGAGGAUGAUGGUGCUGAUGCUAUGGAUAUUGACCAACCCUUCAUUGCAUUACAAUCGGUGGAAGAAGAUGCAGAUGCUGAACGUGCUAUCCUGGAUAAGGAGGCUGAACAACGUGCUACUCGUAAAAAGAACUCGGCCAAAGAAGACAUUGAUUAUGAUUCGGUGCAUGAGAUCGACUCCUAUUCCAAGCUCGAAAAGGUGGGCCGAUUGCUUUUGGAUGAUAACAAGGAACCCUAUGACAUUAUGCUUCAAAAGGUGGAUAUCGGUGCUAGUUACUAUGGUUGCAACAUGUUCUACAAGCUAUCCAUCAUUUACAACACUGUGCUGGAUGUUUAUGUUUUAUGGACACGUUGGGGAUCAUUUGGAGAAGAAGGCAUGCACCAAAAGACACCCUUCCUUACCAAGGAUGAAGCCGUUGCCGAGUUCAGAUCCAUUUUCCGCUCCAAGUCAGGCAAUGUAUGGGAAGACCAUAAGCCUGAGUCCUUUGUGGCCAAGCCGGGACGUUUUGAAUUGAUCCGUGCCAAGCAAAAGAAGAAGUUGACCAUCCUUGAGGACUUUAAGUUUAUGGAUUCUGCUGUGGCCUCUCAACUGCCCCAAUCGAUCUAUGGCACCAUGCGACUUUUCUGCAACUUUAAAGCAUUACAAGAUGGCUAUCGCAAUAUCGACCUUGAUAUCCCUGCUGGACAAAUCCCACAAAGCUCGAUUGAUACCGCCUACAGCAUUAUCGAAGAGGCUCGUACGGUGAUGCAAAAGUACCAGGAAGCUGGAUCGAGUGUCUUGACCAAGGAAAAGAAUGCUGAGAGAAAGCAGCUUGCCCAUCAGCUUGUCCAAUUAAGCAACAAGUACUAUCGCCUAUUGCCACCGACCAACGAGAAGAAGGGAAUCACGCCACUUCGCAACAAGCAAACCAUUGAUAAAGAAAUGGCUCGUCUCAAUACUAUCAGCUACUUUACGUUCUCAUCCAACGUCAUUCUUGCCGCCAAGCGACGUGCCUCGGAAAUCCAUCCGCUUGAUUAUUGUUAUCGUGCUCUCAAUUGUCGACUGAACGAGAUCGAUGAUACGUCGCUUGAAUACAAGAUGGUGAAAAAGUAUAUGCUCACCACAGCGGAUCGCACCACAUACGAGAUUGCCAACUUGUUCUCGAUCGACCGUGCGGGUGAAGCAGAGCGAUUUGAUUCGAUAUCCAACAAGAGCAAUUGCAAGCUUUUAUGGCAUGGAUCGCACACGCACAACUUUUUGGGUUUGUUGAAACAAGGUCUACGAACCAAGCCAUCCUCUACUGUGGGAGGACAUUCGGGCUCCAUGUUUGGCGAUGGUAUCUACUUUGCUGACACGUUUGCCAAGUCCGUAAACUAUUCAAGCCGCGGUGCCUUUGAAAUGAAACAUCCCGGUUAUUCACUCCUUUUGUUGUGCGAAGUGAACCUUGGUAAUGAAUGUGCUAUGACGUACCACAACACGUAUGAAUUCGAGAGGGGCGAUUACCAAUCAGUCAAGGGUCUCGGCAUCAAUGGCCCUAAUCCAGACAAUAUCGUGUAUGACAAGAAUGGCAUAGCUAUCAGUGUUGGACCCAAUAUCAAGUACGAUUAUUCAUCAAGGGACUAUUGGAACCGACCACAACUCAAUCACAGCGAGUACAUCGUCUAUGAUGAAGCACGUGUCAAGCUGCGCUAUCUUGUUGUUGUGCGUGAUACUGAAUACUGCACAUUGUGCCAAAGUCAUACGGCGUCGACAUGCAAGGAGCUCUCCAAACACAAGCUUGAGGAUGACUUUACCUAUCACACCAUCACCGAGUACGAAGCCUGGUUGCUACGAUUCCAGUUAUCGCAUGCCAACAAGAAGGUCAAGGACGUCUUUGAUGAUAAGCUCGACGAGUACAUUCGCACACGCCAAUAUGAGAAAUACUGGUUACCAGUUGAACCCUUGACACGUGACAGCAGAGUGUGCAAAUCAUGCGUCAACAAGAUGGCCACCACUAUCCUUGUGCAGGAGAUGUUUUCAAAACUUCCAAAUGCUGUGCAAAAUCGACCUGUAUGCAAGUUUGGUAUCGACUGCAAGAUGAGCGGUUUACAACAUGCCAAACGUUUCCAACAUUGGUUCCAUCCCAACAGCACCAAAGAGGAGGAGGAAAAGGAAUCCGCUGAUGAAGACGAAGAUUAUGUUGAGAGCGACCACGAUACGUCGAUGGAUGAAGAUGAAGAUGAGAGCAUGGACGAAAGCGAUUGA